AUGGGAAGAUUUAGGUACAAACGUCGGAGGAGAGACCCAGAUUUGAUUGUUCUGGAUGAAUCUGAAUCCGAGUCAGAGACAAACCCCAACGAUCCAAGGGAUAGAGUAAUAAUAGAUAUUGAAGAGUUGGAGGAGAAGCUCGAAGACGAGAUUUUUCAAGCACCGCCGAAAAAGCUACAAAAUAGCAUCAUCGAGAGGAAUUCACUGAUCGUACCACCGCUUACAGAGAUCCGAGAGACUCUGUGGGAAGGUUCUCGUCUCCGGGCCGAUACAACAGUCGAAUGCCUCGAUGGAAGCUUCCUACAUAUUAAGGGAAUCGUCAAAAACCUUCAAACCGAUGCUAUAACUCUCCGGGGUUGGGAACUAAGGAGAACUCGAGACUCGCGUGGCCUGUUGCCAAAGAAACUCAAUGAGCUCUACUAUAUCUUCCAGGUCGAUCUCGAUGAUAAGCGGGAGUUACGAGAACAAAGCGUUGUCGAGAUGGACUUGAGCAGGCUAAGAAAGAUGCGGAAGCUGAUUCGCACGAAUCAACCUUUUCCAACGCAUUCCUUUCGAUCUACUUAUUCGGCAGAAAAUGAGAAGUACAUCGAAGAUAAUGAGAACUACAUCGAAGACAAUGAGGUCUUGGUCGUCCGGUGGAAGUAUGUUACGACGUAUGAGAACGCAAAAGCUCGAGUGACGAAUUCGGGAUCCUCCCGCAACUAUCAUAGCCGACAGAUGGUUAUGCUUUCUAGAGACGAAUGCGAUGGCCCCGAUUUCAGUAUUCCUCCCUACGCGCAAAGAUUUGCCUGGCGGGGUGACCUGGCCCCAGAGUCACAGGAGAUGAAAAGAUCUCGAAACCCUCAUCCAGCAACUAAGGAUACGGUUAUUAUCGACAUUUCUGACGACGGGGAUGAGAAGGAGUCAAAGCAAACACAGCGAAAAGCAUUGGUAGCUGGUCAAGCCAAGAUCAAUAUUUCUGCCAAUGACUUCAAUGAAGUCAACUCUCGAAAGUUUGUAGAGAUUAUCCGUCGUAGAUUUGAAGCGGCGUUGAUGCUCCAGGAAAACAAACUCCCCCAAAAUCCUACGCUCUCGACUGCUGUCACGCAGAAAUGCACCUCCGGUUCUACGCAGAAAUACACCUACGGUGAUGCUUUCUGCGGGGCAGGUGGGAUGACCCGCGCUGCUGAGAUGGCGGGCUAUAAAGUGGUAUGGGGCCUAGAUUUCAACCCUAACGCUGCUACAACAUGGCGAGCGAACUUCCCUGCCGCGAGGAUGUACGAGAUGUGGGCAGACGAGCUUUGCUGCUAUUCGAGAGACGAUCUUAUAGUAGAGGUGCUUCAUCUAUCACCGCCGUGUCAAGUCUGGUCCCCGGCGCACACUCGGGCUGGGCAGGACGACGAGAUGAACUUUGCCUCUCUCUUUGCCGUUCAAGAACUCUUGCACAAAGCAAGGCCGAGAAUUGUGACGUUAGAGCAGACAUUUGGCAUUCUGCAUGACCAAUUUCGACAGCCUUUCAAUUCGCUCAUUAGAAUGUUCAUCGAUCAGGGGUUUUCUGUUAGCUGGCAGGUUAUCGACUUGCAGAACUAUGGUCUGCCGCAGAGAAGAAGAAGAUUGAUAAUUAUUGCCGCCGGCCCCGGCGAGACUAUCCCCCAGCUUCCCAAACCCACACACUCCGAAUCAGGACACGGCGGAUUAAAGCCCUACACGUCGGCGCGCAGCGUGCUCUCUUCCAUCCCCCGAAACGCAGCUAAUCAUGACAUCCAAGCCGCUCAAACAAAGGCGACCUACAUCCCCUGGGACGACUCCAGCAUAAUCCCAAACUGUAUCACGACGGGGGGCGCCAAUGGCAGAGGACAUCCCAGCGGGACGCGGGGGCUCACGCAGCGAGAAUUCGCAAGCCUGCAGACCUUUCCCCACACGCAUGUUUUCAAGGCGAAAGCGAUCCGGAAGCAGAUCGGAAAUGCGGUGCCGCCAAUGGUGGGCAAGGUUAUCUUGACGUGUGUGCGGAAGCAUCUGGAGAAGUUUGACGAGGCGGAGGAGAAGGAGUUGAGAGCGGAGCGUGGAGAAAAGGAUUGAUGUUUGUGAGUUUUGCGCUGGAGGGGAUACAUUAUGGCUUUGCGAUGGGAUGGAUAGUACAAUCAGUACUUGAGAUGGGAUUGUUUUUCGCCAUGGUACUCUGAUAAUGGGCAGGGUGUUGACUCUUGAGGAAAUUAUCUGGCUGUUCUGAAGAAGAGAUGUCCUUUUCUCUCCUUGGGGUCACUUUCGGAAUCCACUUCAUGCGUGGUCUUUGUCUUGCUCCCCUCGAAAUGGCUAUCUCCAGGCAUCCUUC